AAAUAGUAAUACAGAAAUUAACUAGCGUGUGGUAGCGUUUGCCCGUGCACGCGUAACCUUCUAAAGCCCCGAACAUAUAUAUAUAUAUCUCCGGUUUAGGUUGAGCGGGCGGCCGCCAGUUAGAAUAGAGCCAAGCUGAAUAUCUGGGCGUUUAGCAAAUUACCACUUCGCCUUUUCCACGUUCAGCCGGUCAGUCAGUCAGUCAGUCAGUCAGUCAGAUAGAUAGCUAAGCUAGCAGCUAGCCUCGGCAGCUGGUAGCCAUGGCUGCAGUUAUUCUGAGUUUUCCCAGUCUGCAGGGUCUGAGGAUACUUACGCAAAAAUUAUCAUGGACCAAACGUGGCUUGAGGCUCGUCUCAGGAGGGGUGGGAAGGAUAGAGAAAGUGCUGAUUGCCAAUCGAGGAGAGAUCGCGUGCCGUGUGAUGCGCACAGCCAAGAAGAUGGGUGUCCGCUCUGUGGCGGUGUACAGCGAGGCAGACAGACACUCCAUGCAUGUGGCCAUGGCGGAUGAAGCCUACCACAUCGGUCCGCCGCCCUCCCAGCAGAGUUACCUCUGUAUGGAGAAGGUUUUGGAAGUGGCCAAGAAGUCUGGAUCACAUGCGGUCCACCCUGGAUAUGGCUUUCUAUCAGAAAACACAGAGUUUGCAGAGGCCUGUAAACAGGAAGGAAUAAUCUUCAUUGGGCCACCUUCCUCUGCCAUUCGAGACAUGGGCAUUAAGAGCACAUCCAAACACAUCAUGUCAGCCGCUGGGGUGCCAAUCAUUGGUGGUUACCAUGGAGAGGACCAGUCAAAUGAGAGGCUGCAAGCAGAGGCUGCCCGGAUUGGAUACCCUGUGAUGAUUAAAGCCGUCCGUGGAGGAGGAGGGAAGGGGAUGCGUAUUGCACGCUCGGACUCGGACUUCUUAGAGCAGUUGGAGUCAGCGAGACGAGAAGCCAGAAAAUCCUUCAACGAUGACGUCAUGCUGGUUGAGAAGUUUGUAGAGGACCCCAGACAUGUGGAGGUUCAGGUGUUCGGAGACAUGCAUGGUAACGCUGUCUAUCUGUUUGAGAGAGACUGCAGCGUCCAAAGGAGACACCAGAAGAUCAUAGAGGAAGCGCCAGGGCCUGGUAUUAGUCCUGAGGUUCGGAGGAAACUUGGAGAAGCAGCAGUUCGAGCAGCCAAGGCUGUCAACUAUGUAGGGGCAGGUACGGUUGAGUUUAUAAUGGACGCCCAUCAUAACUUCUACUUCAUGGAGAUGAACACCAGGCUGCAGGUGGAACAUCCCGUCUCUGAGAUGAUCACUGGAACCGACCUGGUGGAGUGGCAGCUCAGGGUGGCAGCAGGGGAGCGCCUGCCUCUCCUCCAGGAUGACAUCAUCUUGGGGGGGCACUCAUUUGAGGCUCGUAUCUACGCCGAGGACCCUAACAACGACUUCCUCCCAGGGGCGGGGCCUCUGCUCCACCUCUCCACCCCUCCACCAGAUCAACACACUCGCAUAGAGACCGGAGUCAGGGAAGGCGAUGAGGUGUCGGCACAUUACGACCCAAUGAUUGCCAAACUUGUGGUGUGGGGAGAGGACCGAUCAGCUGCCUUAAAGAAGCUGCGGUACUGCUUACGACAAUAUAAUAUCGUGGGACUGAACACCAACAUAGACUUUCUGCUGAGUCUUUCGGGCCACCCAGAGUUUGAGGCCGGAAACGUGAGCACAAGCUUCAUCCCCCAGCACUAUGCUGACCUCUUCCCCACUCCGAGUGCGCCUUCCGGGGCCACGAUCUGCCAGGCGGCCCUGGGUCUGGUGCUGCAAGAGAGGAAAAACACACAGGACUUCACACAAGCCUCCACCGACCCCUUCUCCCCAUUUGGCUCCAGCAGUGGCUGGAGGAACAACAUUCAGUUUAACAGAAAUAUGACACUACAGCUGGGAGACAAAAAAGUCGAUGUGGUCAUCAAGUAUAACAAAGAUGGAAGCUAUGGUAUGCAGAUUGGUGAGGAGGUGUACCAUGUGACUGGAGAGGUGGAGGUUGAGGGCGGAGCUUCCUUCCUGCACUGCUCUGUCAACGGAGAGAAGUCCCGUCCCAAACUGGUGAUCCUGGACAACGAGGUCCACCUGUUCUCCACGGAGGGAAGCUCCCAGCUGUCUGUUCCAGUGCCCAAGCAUCUGGCUGGUGUGAGCGGCUCGGGGGCUCAGGGUGGAGCUGUGGCCCCCAUGACUGGAACUAUCGAGAAGGUGCUGGUGAAGGCUGGAGAUAAAGUGACUGUAGGAGACCCUCUGAUGGUCAUGAUCGCCAUGAAGAUGGAGCACACGAUCCGGGCCCCCAAGUCCGGCGUGAUCAAGAAGGUCUUCUUCAGCGAGGGCUCUCAGGCCAAUCGCCACGCCCCUCUGGUCGAACUGGAGGAGGAGGGGGAGGUAGACGGGGACGGUGGCAGCCAGUAGAUAUAAGCAACCAGAAAUACGCAGAGACAGGUAGGAGAAGGCCGGAACAAGCUACUGUGUCAACUGCAGCGUCCAGCGUUAGAUAAAUAUUUCUUAAAAUGCACGUCAGGACCUGAAUCACCCAUUUGAGUGAGUCUGGUCCAGUCUGGAAUGGAUGAGACCCAUACUCUGACCCUUGGUCCCUGGGUUGAUCUUGGGUCAGUGGGUAAACACUACGAAGAUCUGUAAUCGUUGCCUUUCACACAGCAGAGUAUUGCCUUUAUGUUGACUGUAUUGUCUGUUUCCGCUUUUCUUUCUUGUGUUUAUAUGUUGCCGUUAUAAGUGAAUCCGGCUUUUCUUCCUCUGUGUUUGCAAAUUUGUUUUUGUUUUUUUUCUCCCAAGUCUCUCCUCCCUGCGUUGAAUCCUGUCAGUGGAGUAGUGUUUGUUGGGGAUUUGUGGAGUCUUGUCCUUUUUGUUCAGUACAAUUUAACGCACCACAGUGCCGAUGAAGUAGAGCCUCCUUUCUAUGCACACUGUGUGUACUUCUUUACACGAACACGGUGACAAAACUAACUGGUCUCUGUGUAUGAGCAAAUUCGAGGCAGAAGGUAUUAAGUAGGUGGGAUGUUAAAUGAGACAUUUGACAAAAAGAAAUUGGGAUAAUUAUGCCGUAGUGGAUUAGGAAAAGUUACUGAUAACUGUGGGCAAAUGUUUCAUUUACAUGACCUUAAAAUAUUCCUCCCUCAUCCCCACAUGUUGCACUAUGACUGGGAAAAACAACCAUGAUUUUAUUGUCACUGCCUGUCCAACCCAUGUACCUCAAAGUUAGAUUUUUUUCCUACAUUUACUGAUAAGCUGAAGGGUUAACACUCUCCUUUAUAAGGUGAGAAACUCUCAUACCACUUGUAUAUAUUAAAUAACUCUGCCAAUAUUAAAAAAAAAAAAAAAUGCAUUGUUACUUAGGUGAGAACAAGACUGAUUUUCUUAAUCAUUAAAAACUGACAUUUUUAAGCUAUAUGGUUUUCAGUGAGCAGUGACAAAGAGAGAAUAACGGUUGGAUGUACAUUUAAUAUUUUUUUAGUGUGGGAAAAUAUUUCGUACUGGGGGUUUUGCCAUUCAAAAUCCACAUUCUGUCUUUACAGACUGACUAGAAACUCUAUCAUUUGUCCCACAGCCCUUAAAAGAAAAGCUUUGGUUUAACCUAUGUUGAGGAACGUAAAACGUGGCACUUAGGAGGAAGGCCUUAUGAAGUGAGAGGCACAAAACCACUCCAAAAUGAAAUAAAGUCACAUUUGCGGUAUUUUUGUGACCAGAUUUGGCUCAGGGUUCCCAAAAAAAAAAAAAACCCUUUUGAA